AUGGCUUCGCUCGCGGUGCUGCGGCCUGAUGCUGCCCCCUUCGGGGCCGAAAGUCCUUCUAGCAUUCUGAAGGUUCAGCCGAAUCAAACCACUUCCCUUCAUUCGGUGGCAGUGGCAAGUAACGGACGCCGCAGUGUCACCUUCCUUGUAAAUUUACCAUGGGGGAGCACUUCUGUUGUGUCCCUUCCCCUGGAAGAUCUUCCGCUUCUUACUGACGAAGAGGCGAAGUGCGUGUGCUGCACAAGUCCAGAAACAGCUUCAGCAGGUAGACUAGCUUCAUCUCCUGUCACUGAGGGCUCAGCUACGGGACUUUUUGUUCCGGGAUACUUCAUCUUCUCCUUGGCAGCAGCACGCGCUGGAUUCCCGGCAGAAGUGGCGGCUGCCAAGCUACGCGUGGUGCUACAGCAGAGGGAGGUACAUCCGAAUACGUGCCUCCCGCUAGAAAAAGUUGUUGGCACCGAAGCAGCAUACAGAAUAGCGGCAGACUGGGGCGGUCAGGAGAGAUCGGAAGCGAAAUCAGAAACAGAACAUGGCUCGCCUCUUUGUUCGCUCUGGUUACUCUUGAGACUGCCGGGAGGAAAGGGUGGUUUUGGUGCGUUACUGAAGAAACACCGAAAGAAAAAACGAGCAAAUUUCUCGAUUGAUGCUUGCAGAGACUUAACAGGGAGAAGAAUUCGACAGGCCCAAGUGGUCACUCGUAUUAAAGAAUGGAUGGAGAAGAAGAGGAAGGAAGAUGCGUUGGUUGCCGCACUGACGCACGGAGCACCAGAAAAUAAGGAGCCGGAAACAAAGCCUGCUGUUUCUGUAGACCCCGCUUUUAUAUCCGAACAGUUAGCCCAGGUUUCCGAGAUGCCCUCAGUUGUUGCUCAGGGCCUUAAACAGCAAACAGCAUUGCGAAGGCAAAUGGAAGCGGAGCAGCGCAAUCGGGCUGCGACGUCACAGAACCAUGCCGUGUUCUCCCAGCUUCGUGAUGCUGUAGAGCUCGAUAGCGAAGAUGACCAGUGGUCCGACACUGAUUCAGAUGGAGAACCCAGCGAACUAGACAGCAGUGAGACUGGCAAGGGAGGUUCGUCUCCUCAUAGUUCUAGUAUUGAUGCCGAUUCAGCGAGUGGCCCAGCCACCGCUACGAACAACCCCCUGAACGAACGGGCAGCGGCUACGAGCAGUGGGAGAGCUUUCCCGAACACGUCAGGAACUGCAAGAUAUCAGUCAGGCUUUGGUGGCAGCAUUAGGGAGAAGAGUGGUAUAUCCUUGAGUCCCAAGCCUGAUGCUCAGGCGACGGCGCUGAUGCAGCAGUUGGAGCAGAUGCGUCUCAAGAACUCAGCUGCACAGGAGGAAGAACGUCGGCGAAGGGCAGAAGCCGAGGCUGAAGCUGCCCGGGCAGCAGCUGCUGCGGAGAGGGCUGCGCAGGAGGAAGAAAGUCGGCGAAAGGCAGAAGCUGAGGCUGAAGCUGCCCGGAUCGCAGCUGCUGCUGAAAGGGUGGUGAGAGAGGCGCAGCAGCUGGACGUGAGCCGCUUCAGCACCGCCGAGGAGCUUUUGAAGGCCGUAGAUGCGGAUGUGGUUAAGGAGAAGCUCCGACAGCUGGGUUGGAAAUGCGGUGGGAGGCCUGAGGAGAGGGCGGCUCGCCUUCUCAAGCUGAAGACAGUUGACCUUGCGAACGUCCCGAAGGCACUGCUUGCAAGACCUCCAGCUCGGAUGGCGUAA